AUGAUCCCUCAUCCUUCUGCCGGCGUCCAACCGUGGGCAAAUCCUAUGCGCCCUCUCAAUAGCGGUCCGGGACGGGUGGAGGCCCCUCAGGCUUUGGGUCAGCCGUCUGACCCUCAGCCCGAGAAGUUGCCCAUGUCCGUCCCUCCGUCGCAACCCCGACAGCCGGCAGUGAUUGAUCUGACAAGCACGGGCGGGGAUGCGCGGGAUCGAGAACCACCAGCGAAGAGGCUGCGCCUGGAUUUGCCCGCUGCCUCGUCCGCACGAGAUGGCAGUCCGGCAUCGGGGAGCACCGGAGAACCCAGAAGUACGCCGGGAACCGCCACCUCCAAGCCGCCGGCGCUGGCCUGGCGCGGUCGACCCGCCUGGUCUUUCCAGGCCCUGAUCUCCGAGACACCCGGUGGUGCUAAUACUGGUGGCGGAGAGACAAAGGAGGGGGAUGCGGCUGAUGUCGCACCCGGGGGAAAGACAUCUCCGCCCCCGUUGCCCGUCCUUCCCUGGAAGUACGCUCCUCCGCAACAACCAGGGAGCAAUGCGGCCAAGUCUCGGGAUAGUUCGCCUUCGAAGGCGGUCCAGACCACCCCCUAUCAUAUCGAGGUUCCGACCGUGGCGCCGGCCAUUAGAGGCGACAAGGUUGCGGACUUCUCGCCGUGGUCUGGAAACCAUCCGGAAGAUGUUCUGAAUGAACAGACUGCCAAACAGGGCCAUUACGACCGCACCCAGGUUUCUCAGAACGAAUCAAACACGGCGCGCCCGUCCCUUUAUGCGCAGCUAAAGCACCGCUCUGGUCUUCAGAUGCUCUCCUCGGUCUUCUCAGCCGCUCUUGAGAAGAGGCAGAAUCACAACAUGGUCAACGCGCCGUCGACGUUCAAACCGCCUCCUCGCGUGACUCUGACGGACAACAAACGAGAAGCCUGGCUUCGCGACCUAGCCAACCCGUCAGUUCCACUACGCAAACUGAGCCGAACGAUCCCGCACGGUAUCCGGGGCAAAGCGCUACUAGAUCAGUGCCUGAGCAAAUGGAUCCCGGUGAGCCGCGCCGUCUGGUUAGCCAAAUGUGUCGGAGCCAACGAAAUCCGCGCGUUCAAAAGAAAGGGCACCAGUGGGGCCCUAGCUGUAGGGCUGGAGGCCAAGUGGGUUCGCGACUGGACUGCAACUGUCCAGCAAUUCCUGGAAGGUGUCAUUAGUGUCUGCGGUUCCUCCGAUUGGAAGAUGAAGAUAACCUAUGCAGUCAGUCUCACUGCCCGUUUAUUCUUCGAGCGGUUACUAGACCACGACCAGUAUCUUGGAUGGUUCCUCACUUCUCUGGAAACAUCUUCAUCCAACACCGUCCCCGUUUGGCUCUUGAUGCUUGGUGUUUACUGGGACAACAUCAUGCGAUACCGGAAGCGGGGCCGGCGACUCGCGGAAGUGUUGCUUGCGAAGCUCCAACGUAUAUCCAAACCGGAGCAAGUCGUACCUCUCCGGCCGCUGGUCGACCGCUUGUCUCUCUAUAUUCGCCGGCUUGUGCUUGAACAUACAUCCUCCGUCAUACUCCCGAAAUCAUGGGAGAAGUACAAAGAUCUCAUCUCGUCAUGUUUAAAUCUGAAAGACAACGUGCAUAGAACAGUCUUUCAAAAUCUCGCAGAGCGGAAUACAAGGGUGCAGGCUCCCAAGUGUCAGCAGGAAACGGCACAACGUUCACCACAACAACGUGUGAUUCACCUCUUCGACUCUGUCCGUUCCACUCACGAGAUCUCGUCGACCUCGAGCGAAUGUCUCAAGACUAUCGAAGACAAAUCCGUUCUCAUUAGCAAGCUUCUGGAAUGGACUGCUACCCCGUUUCGUUACGGCCUUUGCCGUGUAUAUACUGGCGUUCGACUUUUGCGGAAGUGGAAAAUGUCUGGAGUUGACAUCGACUCGUACAUUCUUUCGUUUCUCGCGGGAACCAAAGCGACCUCAACCCUGAACAUGGAGAAUAUAUAUCAUAUCAUUUCGGAGCUUGUGCGGUCUCAGACAUUUUCCGUCGGUAGGUAUCUACAGUGGUUGAUGGCUAGGGGCGUCACGAGCGAUGCCCAUCCCGACGCAGGAAAGCCCAUCUCGAACGAUCUCUGCCUCUUGAAGCAGCUGCCCACGGCUCGACUCCCGGAACAUGUGCGGAACCUUCGGAACACGCUUCUCUACCGUGCGGGCAUUUCGGCCGCGGAGGAGGAGUCUACCAUCGAGGAGCUCAAAGCAUCCGUGGCUCAGCGGCUGCCGAAAAUCUUCGGGAACGAGAUGAGCAGCGUGAUGCCCAGUGAACACCAGCUACCGGACUUGACGUGGGCCGUCAAGUCUGAAAUCGGCCAGUGGAUCCGGCGGGGCAUCUCUGUGCAUUACCGUGACUCGCAUAGAAAAUCCAGUAGCUAUUCCUUCCUCUCUGGGUCCAGUGUCUCUGCCCUCACCCCUCUGGAGUUCUACAGCGUCCGGCACAUCUUGGAGAGUUUUGGGGAUCUGUCUAUACUUGCCGAUGUUCUCAAGCAAGCUACAAACUGCGAUGACAAUAUUGUUCUGGCAUCUGUUGCUGACACCAUCAAUUAUCACUUUGACUCUUUCUGUGUUAUUGGUGCCACAACUGAUCUCUUCCGGGGACUUGUUGAAUCGUAUGCUCGUAUUAAGAGACUAGGCACCCCGAGUCUGGACUUGGUAUUCUCACUCAUCGAGCUUGGCCUCCGACUGCCCAACGAGUUCAACACCGUUGCCCUUCUCCGUCAAGAUCUGACGCGUAUUGAAAACAAGUCGGCAUUGGCAGCCCCGUCUCCGCUGUCCGAUAGUAUCCCGCCCAGCUUCAGCGAAUGCGAUCGGUCUUUCCAAGGGAAGCUAGAUCAAAUCCUGUCAUCGGGCAGCGGCAUGGACGAGUCCACCAUGGACACAGUCUUCAACUCUCUCACCAAGACCUUGACCUGUAGCACUGGGGAGGCGAAGAUGUCUGCCAAUGAGACCUGCAGGUACUUGGCAUACCUGCGGCCUUUCCACCCGAAACAUUUCGACUCCAUGCUAGUUCGCUGGAUAUGCGGACUGUUCAAAUCCUCCGCCCCCGGCAUCACGUCUCGCAUCUUACCCCCUCUCAUAGGGGUAGGGUGUGUCACUAUUCACGCGUUUUUGCUCCUAGUCAAAAGACUCAUGCAGUCCGAGAGAGUGACUUCGGUGGUUCCGAACUUGCCGGAUUUGCGCGUGGACCUUCUCGACCUCCUCGUUCCUCCCCAGCCUGAACAGGGCCGGUGCUUUGAUCUGGUCACCUAUCGUUUCUAUCUUGCGCAGCAGGAAUUCCUCCUCAAGCACCCGCAGGAGACUCUCGAGGUGAUCCGUGACGCCGUUGCUUUGAUCGAGAGGCGGAGCCAAGAAACCGGGCCUGAUCCCAGACGUGAGCAUCUCGAGAAAUGCGCCAUUAGCUUGCUCCAGGUCAUGCUUACUCAGGACCCACCAGUCGUGGUGCAAUACUGUCUGCAAAAGUUCCUUGGGCAACAAACCAUGUCGACCGCAGUGCUACAAAAGGCCACCGAUCAUCUUCUAGGAUCGGACUCCCCCCGUAGCUCUCUAGACAUCCCCGAGGCUGAACGGAUCAUCCUCAUGACCGAUGACUUCUCGCUUCCGUUCUGUCAGCUGAAACUCCAGAUGUUGUUCAACGCCGAGUCCGGAGAAGCCGCCAAGAAUGGCAUUGUUGACGUGAUGUUUAAUGCUGCAGUGAAAGAAUCGCGUUCCAAAGGCAGCAACUGGGUUGGGCUUGUGGGUUUAAUGAGUCAGGAUGCAGUUCGUCAGAUCCGCGAACGGGCCGAGAAGGAGUUCCUUUCCGUUCCCAUGUUCGAGGAUUCCCCGGAUCAGGAUGCUUCUAAGGACAAGACCAGUUCCAUGGAGACUGCCAAGCUAUAUCUUGGGAUUGUCGAGAAGCUGGCGUAUAGCAUCCCCGAGACCGGUGUCCCGUCAGUAGUCCCUGUGAUCGUGGACAAAAUGGAUGCGCUUCUCCACAGACUUGUCACCGUGCAAACCAACUUCAACAGCUUCACCAUCAACAGCCGUGGCGCCGCCGCAGCGCACUUGGUUCAAGCCCGCCUGACCUUCGAAAGAGCUCUGGCAUUCUGGUUUUCAUCCCUGCUUAGGAUGAUUGUUAUGCACCGCGCGGCAUUCAGUAGCGGAUCUUCCUUAGCGCCCAAGCCCCACGGCGCUCAAGAGCAGACUCGGUUAUUGAUCUCAAUCUUCUGCGUCUCCCUCGCGCGCCUGCCGGACAACGUGCUGCGUCUACUCCCAUCCGCAGACUAUUUCCCUCACCGCGUCCCAUCCGAAGGGUUUCGACCGUGUCCCGGGAUUCUGCUCCAAACCCACGCACUAGAUGUCGCUGCGUCUCUCAUCGACGCCUUCCCCGACGAGUCUCGACAACAGUGUGCCCGAUUCCUCAAGGAAAAAUGCCCUCCGUUCAUCCAAUAUCAGAACGACUUACGGUUCAUCUAUCUCCUCGGCCCCAUGAGCGAUGCUACCACAUUGAAUGUCACGCAACCUGCUUCCCUUCCCUCGCCUGCUGGCGGCGGGUCGACGCCCACACCGACCCCAUCCGGAUCCCUGGCCGGCGGACCGUCCGCGCCGCAACCACCCACGCCGGCCCCUACAGGGAUGCCCACCGGCGUCCCGGACGGAGUCAACUGCGUUGCCAGCCAACUCCGCCUGCAGUACCGGGGCCGAACCAUGGGGCCCUAUCCUGUUCGACCCUGGGAAUUGCUCGAGGAUGCCGCCCCGAUUGUAGGGGCCAAUGACACCGCCGUGAACCUGAAGUACUUUGACGCUCGACGCGUGCGAGCUUAA